CAUUCAUUCAAGUUAGGAUUUCUUUUGUGUUGUGUGUAAUGCCAUUCGUUCUCCGCCACGCCACAAAACGCCAACCAAUGUCGAAUACGAUUCUCGUUUCUCCAAAAUGGAAAUUGUUGACUGCUGAAUGUUUUCCGUCGCCGCUGUUCGUUGAAUAAUUUCUGUCCGUUUAUCCGUCGUCAUCAUUCGCCGUCGUUAUCAUCGUUGUCAUCUGGACCCAUUUGUGUUGCUUGUCUUUGGUUUAUCUUUCAAUAUCCAAUUGCGUUUCUUCAUUCGCCGCGAUUCGUUGUGUUAUUAAGCGCCGCGCUUUUGACAACAGAAACAAAAAAACAAUUUUUAUAUUUGGCUAUCGGUUUGUGUUUUUUAAGCUCAGAUUGAUUAUAAGUGAAGCUUAUGUUUACACUCAGCGUCACCCUUUGGAUGACCGCUCUGCUGAAUAACGGUGAAUUGAAUCGAGACGAAUGCCAUAUUUGUUAAUCCAACAACCAAUAAGCUCGAUACUGCACACAAUCAAAACAAAACAAAAAUAAAUAAAAAUAUAAAAAACCCAAUAAAAGCUUCGCAUUCUCUUUCAAAGUUAUUUUAAUCGUCUUUAAAGAAUAUUUUUUCUCAUAAAAAAAUCAAUACACAUGAAAAAAUAAACUUAAACUUAAAAUAGUUCCAGUGGUAAUGAAUUGUAGUUAGUGGAAAUUUAUUCUUUACUUUGUGUCCAAAACUACCAUCAUCAAAACUUAAUGUCAAACCUUAAACCAUUUGCAAGUAAUUAAUAUAUCCGACGAACUUUCAACCAAAAAGGAUACUCACAUACGGAAUUUGCCUAUUUGCGAACACCGUCGGAAUAACGGAUAAAUAACUCAAGUUUAGCUAAAACCUGUGCCAUGAAGGAAAAAAGUAAAAAUGCUGCCCGCACCCGGCGUGAAAAGGAAAAUGCUGAAUUUUUCGAAUUGGCCAAAUUACUACCAUUACCAAGUGCAAUUACAACACAAUUGGACAAAGCCUCCAUAAUACGCUUGACCACAUCCUAUUUGAAAAUGCGCCAAGUUUUUCCUGAAGGUUUGGGAGAAGCUUGGGGUUCUUCACCUGCCAUGCAACAAAGAGGUGCCACCAUUAAGGAAUUGGGCUCACAUCUCCUCCAGACCUUAGAUGGUUUCAUCUUUGUAGUAGCACCCGAUGGCAAAAUUAUGUACAUUUCGGAAACUGCCUCAGUUCAUUUGGGUUUAAGUCAGGUAGAAUUGACUGGUAAUUCUAUUUUUGAAUACAUUCACAAUUACGAUCAGGACGAAAUGAAUGCGAUACUGUCGUUACAGCCUCACAUGUAUCAGAAUCCGGAUGCAUUUAUAAAUUCUUUACACUUAACACAGACAAAUCCCGCCACAAUUGGCAGCCCCAAUGGCAGCACCACCUAUGGAGGAGGAGGUAUGGCUGAACGUGGUUGCCACACUAUAGAAAUUGAAAAACAGUUUUUCCUGCGCAUGAAAUGUGUUUUGGCCAAACGCAAUGCUGGCUUAACCUCCUCGGGUUAUAAGGUCAUCCAUUGUUCGGGUUAUCUGAAAGCACGCAUAUAUCCCGAUUAUGGUGAUGGUCAAGGUGGUUAUAUACAAAAUUUGGGUCUUGUUGCUGUUGGCCAUUCGUUACCCACCUCGGCUAUAACGGAAAUAAAACUUCAUCAGAAUAUGUUUAUGUUUAGAGCUCAUAUGGAUUUGAAAUUAAUAUUUCUAGAUGCUCGAGUAUCUCAACUUACUGGUUAUGAACCCCAGGAACUCAUUGAGAAGACCCUGUAUCAGUAUAUACAUGUACAGGAUGUACUGCCCAUGCGUGUUUCUCAUCAAAUACUUUUGUAUAAAGGACAAGUUACCACCAAAUAUUACCGUUUCCUAACAAAAGGUGGAGGUUGGGUUUGGGUGCAAUCCUAUGCCACACUGGUGCACAAUAGUCGUUCAUCACGUCAAGUUUGCAUUGUUAGUGUGAAUUAUGUUUUAAGUGAACAAGAGGCCAAAGACUUAGUACUAAAUGAAAUACAAACGGGAGUCAUUAAAAGCGAACCCAUUUCAACACCUGCACCUAUACCAACCCCUGCUUUACAUGCCGGUCAUGCGGCAGCCGUGGCUAAUGUGCCCCAUCCCGUGGCUGCCAUUAACAAUAGUAACAGCGGUAGUGGCAACAAUGGCAAUAAUAAAAAUGGCCUACUUAGACAUGCGCCCAGCUUGCCCAGCUUAACGCCAAAUGUUCUCAGUACAAGUCCCAAAAUGGAAACCUGCUUUGAGGCUACCGGAUCCAUGGGCCAACUGCCGACGGCAGUAACGCCCCUGCUAAGUACAAAUACCAAUUCAAGUUCAAGUAGUAGUAAUACCAUCAACAAUAACAAUAACACUAGCAAUAACAACAAUAAUGGUUACAUCAACCAACCACAUCAUCACAGUACACAUCCCGAAGGCGCCAUACAACUUGUUGAGCAGCAGCAACAUCAUGCACUCCAAGAUCAUCACCAUCAUCAUCACCACCACCAUCAUCAUAAUGAGCAACAUCACCAUUUACAAAUGCAACAGCAACAGCAUCAGCAACACAUACACGAGCUAAUGGAGACAGGUCAUGCGACGCCACAAGAUGGUGGCCUCAGCUACACUCAAUUGUAUCCAGUUAACGAGUCCAUAGUCAGCUCCAGCAGUUCAUUGGGUCAUCAUGAGUUAUUGCACCAAUAUCCCGAUACGACUUCCAAUACAACCGCCGCUGCCUCCAGUUUGUAUUACAGCAAUAAUAAUAAUAAUUAUUAUUAUGAUGCCACCGUUGACGUAUCGGCAGCAUCGCUCAUACGACCAUUUUCGGCCAACUCGAAUAGUUGUUCGAGCAGUUCCGAGAGUGAAAGACAGCUGUCCACGGGCAAUGCUUCCAUUGUAAAUGGAACCUCGCCCCAAACCACUUACAGUGAUCUCAGUCAUAGUUUUGAAUUGAACUAUUUUUCAGACAGCAGCUCACACAAUCAACACCAACAGCAGCAGCAACAACAGCAGCAGCAACAGCAUCACUUGCCACAUAGCAAUACAAUAACUGAGUUAACUUCACCCCACCAUCAUCAUCAGGGGGCCUUGCAUUUAACCCAAUUGGAUACAAUUGCAGCACAUCAACAACAAACGGGUCCAACGCAACAGCAACACCUUACACUCCCGCCCAUGGAAAUGCCACAACAACAGCAUGCGGCGCAGCAACAGUCUUCCCAGGUUGGCCAAACAAACCAGCACCAUCAUCACAUUGUGGCCAAUAGUUUCACAGAGAGUUUUAAAAAUGUCAAUGGGCCUCACUAUACGAGUGUGAUAGUGGAACCUCAACAUUAUAUCAGCAAUGAAUUUGUACAUUAACCUUUAAAGAUUUUGGAGCCUAAUACAAAAUCUUUUAAAGCCACCACCGUUACAAAGACACAAACACCCUGUGUUAUUGUUGCCAUCACCCUGUUUUGCAAUUUUUAGUUUUUUUGUAAAUAAAAUCAAAAAGUUCAGAGAGAGCGUUUAAAGAAAAGUGGCUGAGCCACAUAAUCUAUUUGUAUAUGCUAUUUUAUAUAGAUUUGGACUAUUUUUUUAUUUAUUAAAAACUUAUAAUCAAAUCUUUUUUUCUUACCAAAAUGUGGCAAUUUUUUUUUUUUAUUUUUACUAAGUUAUUUGUUAUAUGCUAAGUCUCAUAUUACUAACCCCUUUUUAUUUAUUAAAAUAUAAUUCUUUUCUUCAAACCACGAAUUGUUAAAUGCUACCAACCAAUUUAUUUAUAACACUAAAAAUUUAAGAAUCUAAAUUUACUAUUUUCUUGAAAAAGUAUUUUUUUAGUUUCCUUCUUUUAUACAUAUUUUUUCUUCUUUCCCCCACAAAAAGCCAUUAAAUAAUUGUUAAAAUA